AUGGCACUUCCACCAAAAUUCUCCGGCCAGCUCCUGGCCUCAGCCUCCCGCAAUGAAGCAAAGCAUACCAUUGAGCUUUACUUGGACUAUGUCUGCCCCUUCUCCGCGAAGCUGUUCAAGACUUUCUACAAGAGCGUGGCGCCUGUCAUUGAGAAGAAAUACACAAACCCCGGCGUCCGUGUCAUCCUACGUCAACAGAUCCAGCCAUGGCAUCCUUCUUCCACUCUGGUCCACGAAGCCGGUGCUGCCGUUCUGAAAACCGCCCCCAACUCCUUCUGGGCGUUUUCCGAGAAGCUCUUUGAACAACAAAAGGAGUAUUUCGACGUCAACGUGGUCAACGAGGGUCGGAACGAGACGUACAAGAGACUUGCCAAAUUGGCCGGCUCUGUGGAAGGGGUUGACGAGAAGACCAUCCUGGAUUUGUUGUUGGUGCCUGACAAACCAGACAAGGAUGGUGGACUGAACAUUGGAAACAAGGUCACUGAUGAUGUCAAGUUCAUGGUCAAAGCGAACAGAGUCACAGGUGUCCAUGUAACGCCAACCGUCUUGUUCAAUGGCGUAGAGGAGCGCAGUAUCAGUUCCGGUUGGACAUUAGAGCAAUGGGAGGAGUGGCUGCAAAAGAACGCGAGCUGA